UAAUCUUUUCUUUCUUUCUGUGCAGCAAUUUGUCUACCCAAUCAGUUCCGAUGUGCAAGUGGACAGUGCAUUCUCCUGAAGCAACAGUGUGACUCCUUUCCAGAUUGCAUUGAUGGUUCUGAUGAACUUAUGUGUGAAAAAACAAAGCCAGCCUCAGAUGAGUCACAGCCACACAGUAGUGCCAUCGGUCCUGUCAUUGGUAUAAUACUGUCACUUUUUGUCAUGGGAGGAAUGUACUUUGUUUGCCAGCGAGUGGUGUGUCAGCGCUAUGCCGGGCCCAAUAGUCCUUUUCCACAUGAGUAUGUCAGUGGCACCCCUCAUGUCCCUCUUAAUUUUAUUGCUCCAGGAAGUUCUCAACAUGGCACUUUCACUGGCAUCUCUUGUGGAAAGUCCAUGAUUAGCUCCAUGAGUCUCAUGGGAGGAAGCAGUGGUGCCCCCUUAUAUGACAGAAACCAUGUUACUGGAGCCUCCUCGAGUAGCUCAUCCAGCACUAAAGCCACUUUCUACCCUCAGAUCUUGAACCCACCUCCUUCCCCAGCUACCGAUCGCUCCCUGUAUAACGCAGAGAUGUUUUAUUCCUCAAACAUUCCUUCAACCACAAGAUCUUACAGGCCAUACCUUAUACGAGGGAUAGCUCCACCCACAACCCCAUGCAGCACAGAUGUCUGUGACAGUGACUAUACUACUAGCCGAUGGAAGACCAACAAAUACUACAUAGAUUUAAAUUCAGACUCAGACCCUUAUCCCCCUCCACCCACACCUCGCAGUCAAUACAUGUCAGCAGAAGAAAGUUGCCCUCCAUCUCCUGCCACGGAACGAAGCUAUUUUCACCUCUAUCCCCCUCCACCCUCUCCUUGUACAGACUCCUCAUGACCUCAACAGAAGGAACUUUUCCUGUAAAUAUUUUAAAAUAUGAACAGAUUUAAAAUAUAUAUUUUAUGAUUUAAAAUCAGGGUGGGAAUUAAAAAAAAGAAAUGUGAAUAAAAAUGGGUGGGAGGGAUGGGGCUGUGAAAAAUUGUACAGAGGAAAAUAUUUAUAAAAUUGAUUUUUUUAACUUAAUUUCCAUUCUUUUGUGCCAUAUUUGCCUUUUUGAAGUCAUGAAAAUGACUCAAUCUCCAAAGGAUUUGGGGAGGGAAUGUUGAGCCUUUUUGCAUUUUUAAGUCACCUUUUUACAUGCAAAGUGUAUGUAAUUAUUUUUACUAAUGUGAGACAAGAAAGCAAAGUGACUUGUGGGAGGAAGAGUCUAAAGAAAGAUGUAAGUUUAUUUGCAGAGAAGAAAAACACAUUUAAACAAAAUUGUCAGUACCUAAUCCCUUCACCACCACUGGGAGAAAACAUGCAAAGAUCUCAACCCUGAGAUGCUCCUGCUUGCAAGUGAGCCAAUGCUUCCCAGCAGAACUCAUAUGCCAAGACCUGGAUUUCAAACAUCCCUCUCCAUUUGCUUAGCAUUGAACUGGAAGAACACUUAAGCCAAACCUUCCAGCAUAACUAGGCCCACAGGUGUCAUGCCCUACCUCGCCACAGUGCCACUCUGCACAUGGCCAAUUCUGGAACUGAUUCGAGCUAAAAAAGAUAACCAGGUCUAAAAAAUCUUCGGUUAGCUCCAGUCAGUUCCCCACCUGGCUGGCUGAGUGGUGGCAGAAGCAGUUGUAUUGGCCUGUGGGUGAGAGCAAGGGGCAAGUUUAAAGUGGUAUUUAAGCUAAGAGAAUGCUUGACAAACUGCAGAUUUGGUCAAACUCACCAUUUUAAUUGUGAUGAAACCAAGCUCUUCAUCCUUCCUUGUGACGCUUUGAUGUCUGUCUGGGAAGAGGCUGUAAUAUUCAGCUGCUUCUCAAGACACAGCACUAGUUCUGUUUUUCCCAAAAGUCCAGUAAUUCACCGUGCCAGGUCUCUGAGAUGUUCACCUGUGUUGACUUGCUCAAAGAAUUGCUUCAUCUCUAAUCUUCAUUUUCCAAAGUGGAAUGAUACGGUCACUUGUAUUCUUUAAAUGAUGAGAGUUGGUUUUUAAUCGGUGUUUGUAGAAAAUGGUAUCUGCAUAGCUCAAAGCAAGAACAUCCACUAUUGAAAUGGUUUGGUCAUAUAUCAUAAAAAAUUGCCACAGAAUUAGCUCAGGUUUAGAAGUAGACAGAAAAAGCACAGGGGAGGAAGGAGAGGAGACAAAUACUUCUCUCUGAUUGUGAUGAAAUAAAAAAUAUAAGCUCAUACAAACUGCUGUAACCUAAGGACAUCAUGAUCAGCAAAAUGCUCAUGUUCCAACUCCUACCAAAAAGACCCUUCAGGAAUGGGGGAUAGAAUCAGUCCCUUUCAAAAUACAGAAGAUAAAAUUUUGAUUUGGUUGCUCUCUUGCUGUAACAAAAAGGACUGGGUAUUGUAUGGCACUUUAUAAAUUCAGCUCUGGUGAUGAUAAUGUGAGUGCCUACGUGGGACAUCUGAGGGAAGUUCUGAAUAUGCAGACUCGCACCUGUUUCAGCAGCUGCUGAAUAACAGAUGUGUUGGGCCUUUGACAGCCGUAAUAUUGGUGGCAACAAUGAAAACUUUUUUCUUGCUUGAACUUAAGUUGUACUUGGUUUUAGGCCUUUUUAGCAAGUUAUUUGAGAACCCUGCAACUCCAGGACAGAGGUCUUCAUGAUGGUGGAGGGGCUGGGACCACAGCGUUCUGAUCCAGUUUGUGUUUUCAGAUCAUUAGUCCAGAUGCGUUCUCCCUGUCUACAUUGUUAAAGGGUAGGAUCUGUGCUGUCACUGGUGUGUUACUAAAACUCUUAAAGUAGCUUUUACUACUUUCAUGUCUAAAUUUUCACUUUGAGCACAAAGAAGAUGCCCACCGUGUUUCGUGGAGAAAAAUACAGAAUUGGAGAAUACAACAUUGGAGUUUAAGAAUGGGUUCUUUCGCCAUCCCCUGUCAACAUUAGUAAUUCUAUAGUAUGCCAAGAAGGACAUGGUCAUAGUUUGUUAUUCUUGGAGUGACUUGGCAGAUCUCUGAACAAGUGUUAAUGAUUUGGUGAAAAAAAUAAUUCUCAUGUGAUCGUGUUUCAGUGAACUAAAUUAGGAAUAUAGAGCCACAGGAUAUUUUAUGUACCCCAUCGAUUAUAUAGAGGAGUACUUGUUCUGCAUUACAGCAGUUGGUAGUCCAAUUUCAUAUCAUAUGCAAACUUGUGCAUGAUAACUAUUCACCAUUUAUAAUGAAUUCCUUAGUUUAGUUGUUCUGUGUUACAGUUCUAGCUGAGAGACAUACUACAUUCAUUUUCCUAUAUUCCUGUGAUGACACUGGAUGCAAAAUUACAUUGAUUUUUUUUUUUCAUUAAACCACUGAUUUUUUUAAAGAGCCACAACUAUAACAAUCCUAACCACUUCAUCUGAAGACUUGUAUCCUAUUACGAAGUUUGGAGUUGAGUUCCAGAAAAUUGGCAGUCUUGCUGAGAGCUAAACUGUCUUAAGAGUCAAAUUCUUUUGGAGCUUAGGUAUUCAGAAGGAAGGAAGGACUUUGCCGAAUGGGGUGAAUUAAGUGUGUACAUUUUGAUUUCAGUUGGACAUUCACAACCUCUUGCUGCUGAUGUUUGCUGAGAAAUUGCUUCUUCCUCUGAGGCACUUGAAGUUUGGUGAUCAGAAUCUAAGCCCUACACUGCUCCAUAAUACUGACUUUAAAAGCCUCUCCUAAAAAGACUUUGUGUAUAAAUUUAGCAUCUUAGCAUUUAAAUACUAUGGUUUGGGGUUUUUUUGAUUGCUGUAGACUAUAUACUUUAAAAGGGUUACUGCUCUCCUGGUGCUAGAAAAGACCAGAAAGAAAAUUUGAGUGACAAGAGCUACUUCUCUCCAGAAAUAUCCUCAGUGUGCUCUUAGUGAUUUCCAUCCUGUGAACUUUCAGGCUUAAACACAGAAAAUAGGUGCUAUUUUCUUCUAGAUCAGGAUGAGGAAAAGAGUUGCAGGGAUUUAGUGAAUGUAUAUGACAAGUUGUGGCAGUUCAGGGCUGAACAGGAAACAAGCAGGGAAGGUUGUAUUUUGGUGAGGUUUAGGCAUAGUUUUAAUAGUGCAGAAGUUUUCUAUGAGAAAACUGGCUGAAAUAUUUUAAGAGCUCUCCCCUGAGAACCUGCAGGGGAAUGCAUGUGAUUGGGCUACCUGUGUGAGUUUGUGAGUACUUGAAUGAGUGUUUUCAAGCACUAUUUUCGAAGCCCAUUAGGACUGCAUAUUAGCACUUGAAACAGCUCAGGGUGUAAAAGAACUGUGUCUGGAGAGCAGCUAGUAAUGGGCAAAUGAUGUGGUUGUUUCUGUGUUGCAUUUAAAGGACAGAUGUCCUAGCAGAGAGCAGCUUACCUGCUUUCCAGUGCAGUCAUGAAAGCAGCUACUUGGGUCGUCUUCUCUUAUGUAGAAUGUGUCCUGUCUGCAGCGUGAAGCUGAAAGGUAAACAGACAAGUCAUGAUCUUUGACAGUGAAGUAUUCUUAAUUUCAGGCAAAAGUUUUGUGUAAACUAUAGCUUGACUUCAGCUAGACUGGUCAGCAGCCACUGCAUGCUGAACUUUGCAGUGGAGGUAAUUAAUUUGGUCAUUAUUGCUAGAUGAUUUUGAGGAAACUUCAUGAGCACUAUCCCAGUUGUCUUACUGGUUCAGUUUUCUUCUUUCUGGACAGAUCUCUUAAAGAGCACUUAGGCUAAGAUUAAGCUAACUCUGUAUGUAUGACAAAUAGUGUUUUCUUCAGGAUAGUGUCAUAGUACAAAAUGCCCCAUGUCUAAAAAUGAGACUGUGCCAUUAUCAGCAUGUUCUGAAGAGGAAGGCAGAAAUGAGUGCAAACAGAUUUCUUCAUUUGGAAUAAUGGGUUUGAUUUUUCAGUUAGAAACCUUGAUCCCUCUGGUUUGCAAAGGGUGCAAGCACUUCCCUAAAAGUUCUGAUUCUUUUCAAAGUAACAACAAAAUGGUCUCUUCCCUCAACACCUCUUUUACACACCUUGGAUGGGCCUUCUGGAAAUCCCCAGGCUCAUUUAUCCUAGAUCUAUUUUCUGCCUGGUAUCUAGAUUAUAUGCUAGAUCUAGGACUCAUCAUGUUCUCCCGAUCUUUAUGCCAACUGGUGCCUCUUGGAUUCUGGGGCUUUUGAAAUUCUGAAGCUCUGCACAGCAGUGAAAAAGGAUUUGGAAGCAGGCACACUCAGUAAGGGCUGAGUGUGUCACACUGGGCUGAUGUGCCAGUCACAAGGACACUCUUCCAUUGCCUGCAGGGUCAGAUCCCUUUGCUAGGGAGAGCUCCUGUGCUUCAUCAGAGCCUCUGGAGCAGGUUAUACUACUUCACAAGUGUGGUCAGUCAAACUUCACAGAAGCUGUGUGUCCUGUUUGCUUCAAGCAUUUUCAGAAGCAGAUCUUUUCUGGUGUCAGUCAUUUUGUUGGGGUAUAUAUUGAGCCAGUCCAAAUGAGUAGCUGUGCUUAUAAUUGUACUACAAGUGAUAUCCAUUAAUGUCAGGAAAUGAAAACAGAAGGCAAGCAUGUUCCCAAUAAUUAAUAACACACAAGAGUGCCUGGCCUGGAGCCCUGAAUUAGAAGUAACAUAUUUGCUGUUACAGUGCUGAAGGACAUUUUAUAAAUGUCCAUGUUUGGACAGAGUCUUAAGACAAGCCACAGUCAAAGAUGACAGUCAUUCACAGAUCAGCUAUUCUGUUGUUUCAAUGUUUUUAUUAUGACACCAUUAUGAACUACGAAUGAAGACCUCAACGUAAAUUUGGCUUGUCUGUCCAAGAUUCAGGGAAGGCUGAAUUUUAAAUUCUGAAAGGUGUCUGCUGUUUAUGCUGCUGUUCUUUUAGGGAUUGCAGCAUUUUCUGGUCAUCAUUAAAUGUAAAAACCCCUUUCUUCAGCUAUUGUAAGCUUAGCUAAACAGGUUAAGGUGUUUACCACAUGUUAAAAGAAAUAUUAAUAUACAUAGAUAUUUUCAAUCCUGUCACGUCAUCUAGCUCUCCUUCCUGAGAGCACUUAUUCUAGUUUUUGUAAAGGGUAUUUUUCUUUAAUUUGUUUAUCUUGAGGUUGGCCAACUAUGUGUGGGCCUUUUCACAUAAGAUUGUACUCCCUGGAGGGAAUAAAGGAAAAAUUGGUUUUAAAUUGUUAAGCCUGCUGAUAGGAAUGAUGGAAACCAGUCUGAUACAAAUGGCUUCUGCAUUCCACACCAAAAUCCUUCAAAAUGCCAUGCCCUGACAUACUGGCAGUGCUCCCAGCCCCCCAUGACAGCAAGCUGCCACAUCCUGGCUGUUCACAGCAUGAACAACAGCCGUGUUGCAGUUGACCUCUGGAGUCAGGGGCUGGGUUCUCUCCAGCCGACACAGAAUCCUGAGGGAUGGAAGACCACAAUGGCAAUUCCUAAGUGGGUCAUUUUAUAUUGACAAAAUAUGUGCAGAGAAUGUGCUUAAAAGGACUUGCCAGAGGAGAAAAGCAAGUUUGACAGCUACAGGAAGUGACAGGCUAAUUCACCGGCAUUCACAUCUUUGAAAAGCAAGUACUCCCACUGAUGCACCUUUCUCUAAAGAAUGGCACUACUCCUGCGACAGCAUUCCCAGGGUUGCUGUGUUUGACAAAGGGAGCAAUAUUCCAGUUUGACUUGUACAGAGAUCCUGCAGUGUAUAAAUAAGUACGAAAGUAUUUUGGUUGCAGCUACAAACACAAUAGUUGUAAAUGGAAUUCAUCAGCGUACUGAGAUAAAACAAGAGCUGUAGAAAACAGGAGGACUGCUUUGCUGUUGUACAUGAAAUUUGGAGGGCAUCAUUAACAAAACUCUCACCCAGACCACUUUCUUCUUUCUUACUUUCCUAAUUGUACUGCAAUCGCUGCUAUUGUAAAUGUACAUGAAUAUACAAAGAGUAUAAAGAAUUUUUAUGAUAAAACCACACACACAAUCUUUUUUAUAUUUAUAUUAAAAUGUGUAUUCUGCAAACAGCCUAAUAAUUACAGCUUUAUAUGUGUAUCAUUUUGUAGCGUUUGUUACUACGAAAGACAACCAAACCCAAUAUUUCAGUGCCUUGCAUAUUUUAAGCAGUCAGCAUAUUUACUGGGGAAAAAAAUUAAGCCUUAAAUCACAAGUGCCCCCAGAAUCAUAUGUAGAUUUUACUCCACUGAUUUUAACAAAGCUUUGUAUCAUUGUUAGGGUUCUCUUCAGUUAGAAUAUGGACAUCCACAAGUUGUGAAACUAACUGAAAGCUGACAACUUCUGAAUUUUUUAGAGCAUGCGUGUCUUGAAUUAGUAAUGUAUUGGAGUUUCUCUCAAAUGCAUUAUUUCACAUGAACUUUGAUUUAUAUAUUCAUAUCUACUUCAACAGAAAUCUCAAUACAUCAAAAAUACGUAACAUUAAAAAAAGAAUGCCAGUAACUGACACUUACAUAUUUGGGGAUUAAAUUGACGUUAUUUUCAGAUUGUCACUACACUACUUUUCAUUAGAGCCAUAAAAUCUUUGUUGUGUUGUAGAAAGUCUUUACCAAUUAUUUUUCCAAGCAUGGCCUUCUAGCAUACAAAUGAACUUGGUAAUACUGUCUUAAGAGUAACUUUGAGGCUUUCAUCACUUCAGACCGUUAAAUGUUAACAAUUUUCUGGUCAUGAAACUGCAAAGUUUCUUUAUGUUAACAAAACCAAAGUCUUGUUUGAAGUAACUGGUAUUUUGUAUAAAUAUCUGUACAGAUAACAGACUCUGCAUUUGUACUAUAGAUUAUGUGGAUUUUGUUUUAUAAUAAAUACUUUUAAAAGA